GUGAGGCUGGUGCCAGCAUUAUUCGAGUGUCCAAAGAAGCCCGGAAAAGGUUCUUGGGCCCACUCCAUCCCUCUUUCAACUUGGUGAAGAUCAUUCGGAUCUGCCUGACCAAGACUCUGCCAGAGAAUGGGCAUGAGGUUGCAGCAGGUCGUUUGGGUAUUUCCCUGACACGGGUCUCCGAUGGAGAAAAUGUGAUACUAUCAGACUUCACUUCCAAGGAGGAACUGAUCCAGGCCUGUGUCUGCAGCACCUUUAUCCCUGUCUACUGUGGGUUGAUACCUCCAACCUUGCGUGGAGUGAGAUAUGUUGAUGGAGGGAUUUCUGACAACUUGCCACGAUAUGAGCUGAAGAACACAAUCACAGUGUCUCCAUUCUCAGGAGAGAGUGAUAUCUGUCCACGGGACAGUUCCACAAACAUGCAUGAGUUGAGAGUCACCAACACAAGCAUCCAGUUCAACCUGCGCAACCUCUACCGCCUCUCAAAGGCCCUGUUUCCUCCGGAGCCACAGGUGCUGCGGGAUAUGUGCAAGCAGGGCUAUCGGGAUGCACUGCACUUCCUGAAGAAGAAUGGUCUUCUUCAUCCUCCAAGUCCUGCCCGUCAUCUCCUCGCCAUAGAAGCUCCCCCAGGAGAGAAGAAAGAGGAAGAAACAGAAGCUGAGGACCAACUAGAGGACAAUACUGCCCUUGCUGUUGUUGAAGAGCACAUCUUCGAGCACUUGCCUCCCAGACUGAACCAAGCUCUUCUGGAGGCUUGUACUGAAAGAAGUGGUGUCUUGACUGGCCUCACCAACAUGCUGCCGAUCCGUGUGGCCACAGCGAUGAUGGUCCCCUACAUGCUGCCUCUGGAGUCUGCAGUUUCCUUCACUGUCAGGUUGCUGGAAUGGCUUCCAGAUAUCCCUGAGGAUAUUAGAUGGAUGAGGGAGCAGAUGACUGAAAUCUGCAACUAUCUUGUGAAGAAAGCCAAGAAGAAACUGGGCAGCCAUCUUUCAGCCAGGCUUUACUAUCACUUUGAACUUGGAGGGCCCCAGAGCCUGCCACUAUCUUCCUCAUCACCUUGCGGUGAAGGGCUGCCAAUGUGGAUGAGAAGCAACCGUUCGCUGUCUGAUGUCAUGAUGAAGUGGGAGGAGUACCAGCGCCAGCUCAUGCUGGGCCUGUUCUACAUCAACGUGGACAUGCAGGCCUCUGUCUUCCCUCGGGAAGGGUUCCAGUUAAAGCUGCCCCCGCUAGACUGUGCGAAGGAGUGCCUGCCGCUCUUCUGAGCCUGCUGCCGCCAGGGGCUGGGGGUGGGUGGGAAGGGGAGCGGGCGUAGGGUGGGACCAGUCUCAUCCCUCAGCAGCAGGCUGCCCUGUGCUCCUGGAUAUGCUGCAAAGGGGUUUCCCCGGGAUGGAGACUGGUGGAAUUGACUGUAGCCAUGUUACUUGCUGGGCCUGGCAAGGGAUCUCUGUGUUGAAAGACACACAGGGCGAUACCUUGCCCUAGACUUGCGUUGAGGCUUGGCCAUUGCCUUUGGCCAGGCUGAUGCUGACCCAGCUGGGCUCUCCCAAAUAGUGCACUUUGAAUUGCCGUUGGCUUUUUACCACCACAUUACCAGGAUGUAGAUGACGCUCUCAAGUUCAGACAGCUUUUAGCUUCCUUUGUUUCUCAGAGCACGUGUCUUGGUUCUUUUCCUUAAAUCGUCCAAUAUUCCUUAGCUCUUUAUGCUACUGAAAACAAAGUAGCCUCUUGCCAA